GUUUUUCUUAUGACCUCGCAACAUUUAUUUAUCAGAUAAUGAAAGUGAAAGUGAAGGAUUAAGAUCGAUAAGAAUACAAAUAUUUGUAUGCAUAUAGGUGUGUGGAGGUGUGCCUCAAUAGGAGAUCAUUACCUCUUCCUCAUAGUGAUAAUUUCUUAAGGUGUCUGAAGGAUGUUAAACAAUGGGUCCACAACAGAAUAAUGAGGAUUUAUACAAUCCAAAUCUAUUGAAAAAUUUGAAUUGGGGGUCUGUAAAGUCCUUCCUAAAUCCAGAAAUAAGUAGUGAUAAUCCUGGAGAGUCAUGGAUUGUUGUGAGGCCACUAAAAAUAUCAGAUUAUGACAAAGGAUUUCUACAAAUAUUAUCUCAGUUAACAACUGUUGGAAACAUAGGAAGAACUGACUUUGAACGUCAAUUCAGAAACAUGCAAAAAGCAGGAGGUUAUUAUGUAACAGUCAUUGAAGACACCAGAAGUAAAACUAUCAUUGGUUCCUCAACAUUAAUAACUGAGUAUAAAUUUAUACAUGGUUGUGCUUUGAGAGCUCGAUUAGAAGAUGUAGUUGUGAAUAACACAUAUAGAGGGAAGCAGUUAGGAAAAUUGAUAGUACUAACUGUAACUCUUCUCGCAAAAAAAUUAGAGUGUUACAAAAUGUCUUUAGAUUGUAAAGAUCCACUUAUUGCAUUUUACAAGUCCCUGGGAUAUAAACUUGAGCCUGGAAAUUCUAAUUCUAUGAUGAUAAGGUUCGAAAAUACAGAUCCAUCCUGACAAUUAGCCACCAAUGCUUCCACAAUAUCAAAACUGUAAAUAAGUAUGCAAAAAUUACUUUUCAUGUAUUUCUAUACGGCUGAUGAGAAAGAAUUUUUUGCGUUUGAAACUUUUUCUACAAUUGUUUUUAUUUAAAUAAAAAAAACUAUAAAUAUAUGAAAAAUGAAAUGCGAGAUAUACAAUUUGGUCAAAAAUGAUGAUGUACAUUUAUUUCUAGAGCUGGUACACCCAUAGAUAAGAGUACUGCUUCUGCAUACUUUAUUUUUAAUUGAAAAUCAAAUUGUUUGAAAUAUAUGCGUUUUUUAUUACAUAUUUCAUGUUUUGGGAUGUUUAUAAGACAGUAAGAUAAUAGAAUUUAAUUUCUACCUUGUCCCAAGUAUAUGGGUACUUUUGGUCGACACGUAGUUAGUCACAUUUUUUAAUAAUUGUUUAUUUAAACUUUUUUGUGCAAAGGUGCUUUUCAUAGCUAUUUUCAAUGUAUUAAAUAUCGAAUGUGUAUAUCCUAACGUUUUUGCAAUAGUUUUUGAAUACCCUUUCUAUAUAGAAAAGUCCACAAUUUGAAAAAAAUUCCUUUUAAUAAUUAAAAUUUUUAAAAACGUAACGUGAUAAUCCUCACUCUCCAAAACUACACUGUAUUCAUUUGGUAUGGGUCAUAUGAUUACAUGAAAUUAUUUCCCCUAACAUUUUAUACUAAUCACAAUAAAAACUUUUUCGCAGAUAUUUGAAAAUAUAUUUUUACAAAAGAUUUUUAGUACAUUUUUGAAGUAUCUAUCCCCAUACCACUUGAAGGGUGGUUAGGUUUAAUUAAUAAUUUUUUUGAGAAAGUGCAAAUACUACUGUCAGAUCUAAACAUUGAUAUAUAAAAGUCUGCACCAACCUAUAUAAUUGUCAAUUGAGGGCUCCAGAAUAAGAGGAGUAUAUUGCAGUUUUAUCUAUUUUGAGAGAAGUCAAAACUCAAAAAAGUAUUUAUAGCGUUUCAGUCCCAACUUUUUAUUUAAAAAACACAAAAAUAUGCUUUUAUUUUAAAGAAAAAUACAUCCUCGAUGUUAAGUGGAAAAUGAAUUGAAGGGUGUACUAGGAAAUGGAGGCUGGCCAUCUUAUGUUGGUUACAAUGAAAAUAAUCUGGAGGAGAUUGUAUCUGCACGUAGCGAUGCUUUUCCUAAAUACAUCGAAUUCUAGCCUAUUGCUAUUCGUAAUUACUGUAUAUAAAAAUGGUAACUGUCCAUUAUUUUUCAUAUAGGUAAACUUUAUAGAUGGAUAUUUUGAAUUGAGUUCCAAAAUGAAUUCGUCUACGUUUGCCCAAUUGCCCGUGAGCCUCGACUAGCGACUGUUUCAUCCCAUACAUACAUGUUUGAUUGUCCUGUCUCAAGAUUGUUUAUACAAAAAUUGUUUGUCCACAGUUGUCUAAGAUAAAAAACUUUUGAUGUUUUGAGGAGGGUUAGCAAAGCUUGAAGGUCGAAGCUCACCACAGAAGUAUCUGGUGAUUAUUUGCUUAGAUUUGAAUAAGGUGACCAGAUUUUUAGAUGGGCAACUCUGAAGGAGGAGGAGGGUAUCAACAAAAAUUUUCAUACAGAAUAAAUAUAUUUAUAUAUUUAAAUAAUAUUUUUUUAUUUUUAAUAUAAAAUCAAUUUAUAAAUAUAAGAAAAUGUAUAAUAUUUUAUUCCUGACAUAUUUCUUAUUUGAGUGAGUUUGUUUCAGUAGAUUGUCGUCAUUUUUGAAAAUAUUGUAAAAAUCCUCAAAAGAAUUUGUCAAAUUAUAUUUGACACAUAAAAUGCCUUUUAAAGUUUGAACACUUGAUUUUUCUGAGUAUUUUAAGCUAAGUUUUAAGAAAAUUUAUGUAUAUAUGAAAUAUAGAAAUAAAUUACUUACCUUAAUUUUCUAUAGUAAGUAGCUGAUUUGUAAUAUUUAAUUGUUUAAUUAGCUUGCUAGCAUGCAGUACGAACACGAAGUGUAUCAUCUAACACACAAAUACAAUGUGACUGGAUAGCAAAAGCUAUAUGCUAGUCGUCGUAGCCCGUAGGAUUCUUAGCAAAACAAAUUGAAGGAUUCUUAGAACACAAAACAAUUAUUUUCAUAAAUAUAAAAUUCAACUCAAUUUUAAAAGUCAUUUUCUUUUGAAGGUUGUGCCUUUUCUGCUCCUCUGAGGUGAACCAUAUGCUAUCUUAGCAUCUUCAACUUUUCCUGCUUCCUAAGAAAGUUUAAUGAUAGUAGCAAACUAUUACACUUACUAAAAGUUUCAGAAUUAGAGCGGUGGAAUUUUAAGUUAAAUUCUGUAUUAAAAACAUCGAUAAUAAGACUGUUUAAAAGGAAUAAUGUUUCUGUCCUUACAGUUAAGAUAUACAAAUCGUACAUUUUUUUUAUAUUGAGUUCUGGUGAUAAAUAUUGAGUGUUAAAGUUGGAAUUUUUGGAAUAAUGACUCCGGUAUUUUGGAACCAAUUUUAUGUGCUCAAUGAUCAAAUUUUGUCUUACUGGAAUCAUUUUUCUGGCAGAACCGCCUCGCCUCGGGUUCUUUUUACAAAUACCAACAUCGCUACUUUGGUAACAGACUGUAGUAAAUAUUUUUUGCCAAUGUCAAAGAUUCGAAGAAAGAACACGCUUAUUGAACAGAAAUAUUUCAGUACCGAAACUUUGCCUUUAAUUUCAGCUUUUUUUCUUUAUACACAAAGAUAAAAAUGAAUUUUGUAAGUCAUGAGAUAAUAGAGUACAAAAUUCUUCAAAAAGUUUAUGUCAUCUGCUUCCAAUAUAUUUUUAUUGCAGUUAAAGCGACAGCUAUGGCAUGUUUUCACUUAGUGUUGUAAAUGAGUCUUCUUUUUGUGUCGAAGAUACCCAUCUUCUGUAUUAGACGUAUCCAUAGCAAAAUAUGGUACCCAAACCCCAAAUGUAAAGGGCAAUAAGAGGUAAUCAGUAUUCUUACAAAAGAGGUAACAACCAAAGUAUUUAACGCCGUAACAAUAUUUGACCAAGCCAAUACUAAAGAUUAUUGUUUGGUUGUUUCUAAGUAAAUGAGGAAUAUUAGGAAUAAAAUGAGUAAAAGUGAGACUUAUACCUAUUUUAUUCCAAUCAAACAGCAGAAUUGAUUCCUAUAGUAUUCCUACUUAAGACACAUAUUUCACUUGUAUCAGUUUUAUCCCAAACAAAUUUUAACUUUAAAUUUUGAUAUAUGCCCAUAUUUCCAAAUUAAAAAAUGGCAUAUGUACCCUUUUUAUUCCAAGAUACAAUAUAGAUAUGUGCAUUUUUAAUUCUUAUGCUAUGAAUAUUAGAAGCGUUUACAUUAUUAAGUUAAGGUUGAAUUUGAUAAGAGGAAUGAAUUGCUGUAAUUCACACAAUAAUAACUUGUAGAUCAUUCGAAUAUAUUUCUACUAGAGAGUUUACUUGCAUUUCUAAAUCAUCAUUUACGUUUUGAAUGUAUGGAAUAGAGAAUUUAUAAUUAUUUAGAGUAUAAAAUUAUUAUAGAGAGUGAGGAUUAUUAUUAUUAUUAUUAUUAUAUAGUGUGUGCAUUAAAUUACAUUAAUUCAUUCAUUUCAUUUAAAUUUCCAAACAAUUUUUGGAGAAAAUGUAAAUUUUGCUGUAGAUAUAUUUUGCUUCUAAAAUAAAUGAUCAAAUUAGUAAUUUUGCUUAAACCUUCCUAAAUCCCCAACACUGUGUAUAGAUAUAAAAAUUUAUUUUAUAAGGUUUGAGGAACUAUUAUUUGGUCUCCUUAUAUUUGAUUGUAGAAAAAGUAUGUUUUGAUUAUUAUAAAUAUUCCAUCUUUCAUUGUGGUUGCAUUGGUUACUCGGAAAAUGUCUAAAAGUAAUCUAACUAAUGAAUAAAAUUCAAUUUUUAUUAAA